AUGACGGGAAAAGCCGCCUCCGAGGCCCCUGCCUCCGGUCCAGAGGACACCACGUCUGAGCCUGCCAAGGUGCCCAGCACAGAGCCGUCCGGAGAAGCGGAAGCCUCGGGCCCCACCCCGGAGGGGCAGCCUCCGCAGCCACAGGACCCUGCCUCUCAGGCGCCUGCCCCCGAGGCCCCCGCAGCCCCUGCAGAAGCCCCCACAGAAGCCCCUGCAGAAGUCCCCGCAGCCACUAAGCCUGCACCCCACAGUGAAGAUAUUCCCAGUGCCCCGCUGCAGCUGGCCUUGGAGGAUGUGAGCAGUAGCUCUGUGACCGUGAGCUGGGAGCCCCCGGAGAAGCUGGGGAAGCUGGGGAUCCAGGGCUACGUGCUGGAGCUCCGCCGAGAGGGAGCCUCCGAGUGGGUGCCUGUGAACGCCCGGCCUCUGAUGGUGACCCAGCAGACCGUGCGGAACCUGGCUCUUGGAGACAAGUUCUUCUUGCGCGUGCUCGCAGUGAGCCUGGCGGGCGCCGGCCCCCCGGCCGUGCUGGACCAGCCCAUCCACAUCAUGGAGACCAUUGAGGCCCCCAAGAUCCGCGUCCCCCGCCACCUCCGUCAGACCUACCUCCGCCAUGUGGGAGAGGCCAUCAACCUGCAGAUCCCCUUCCAGGGGAAGCCCAAGCCCCAGGCCUCAUGGACACACAAUGGCCAGGCCCUGGACACCAAACGCAUGAAUGUGCGCAGUGGAGACCAGGACUCCAUCCUCUUUAUCCGCUCGGCCCAGCGCUCUGACUCCGGUCGCUAUGAGCUCACCGUGCGGCUGGAAGGCUUGGAGGCCAAGGCAGCCAUCGACAUCCUGGUGAUCGAGAAGCCUGGGCCCCCCAGCAGCAUCAAGCUGUUGGAUGUCUGGGGCUGCAACGCUGCCCUCGAGUGGACCCCGCCCCAAGACACAGGCAACACGGAGCUCCUGGGCUACACGGUGCAGAAGGCGGACAAAAAGACGGGGCAAUGGUUCACGGUGCUGGAGCGCUACCACCCUACCACCUGCACCGUCUCCGACCUCAUCAUCGGUAACUCCUACUCCUUCCGGGUCUUCUCUGAAAACCUGUGUGGACUCAGCGACUCGGCCGCAGUCACCAAGGAGCUUGCCCACAUCCAGAAGGCAGCUAUCGUGGCCAAACCCAAGGGAUUUGUGGAGCGAGACUUCUCAGAAGCUCCCUCGUUCACGCAGCCCCUGGCUGACCGCACCUCCACACCUGGCUACAGCACCCAGCUGUUCUGCAGUGUCCGGGCAUCGCCCAAGCCCAAGAUCAUCUGGAUGAAGAACCAGAUGAACAUCCAGGGCGACCCCAAGUACCGGGCCGUCUCUGACCAGGGGGUCUGCACCCUGGAGAUCCGCAAGCCCAGCCCCUUUGACUCCGGCGUCUACACCUGCAAGGCUGUCAAUGCGCUGGGGGAGGCCUCCGUGGAGUGCCGGCUGGAGAUCAAAGCCUCGGCCACACACUGAGCAGCUGCGGGAGGAGGAGGCAGAUGCCACAGCCUUUAGGAUCCGACCCCCCAGCCCAGGCCCGGGAUCUGACUCCACAGAGGCCCAAGGCACCCUAGUCCACAGCCCCGGCUCAUGGGACCGUCCUUGCCACCGCCACUGGCCCCUCCCCACCAAGGCUGGAGUCCCAGGCUUCCAGGGUGCACGGGACCCAGAGGGUGUGGGGGUUGGAGAGGGCCGCAGGGUUGUGUGCUGGGCAGGAAGCCUUCAAAUAAAGGCGUGUGGUGU